UAGUGCCGGUGGCGUAUCGUCCUCAGGUUCUCUCCGCGCAAGCUCCGUUCCUCAGGAGGGCUAUUGAUCCACGCCGACGCGACGAUCGGACGGUAGCACGCAUUCAGGGGUAGAGCAGCGUGCCCGAAGAUGGUCGGCGGAGUGACCGAAGGUGGACCUCUCAUUCGACCUGUCGAGCCCGUCUCGACGGCGACGUUGGUGACACUAUGCAUCGGUGCCGCUUUCCUGUUAUGCGCCGUCGCGAUGACCUGGUGGCUUUGCCGACGGCGUCGCGAGCACACCAAGUUAAGCUCCGACAAGUCCCUGGCGUUUAGACCGCCACAUCGGAAGCCGACGGCGGUUAAAAGUCCCGGCAGCACGAGCCACUAUUUAAAGAAGAGCCCAUCGCCGACGGGGCCAGCUAAGAGCCCGCCUGGUUCCGGUGGACAAACUCCCAGCCCGACGGGGUCACAGUCCUCAAACCCGGCGUCUCAGCCCAGAACACCGCAAAGCGCAGGUACGCCGGUACAGACGCCGGUCGAGGUCGCUGUGAAUAUAGAGAACGAGCGCGACAAGGCCGAGCUAGAGAACAAUGAGAAGGUCGAGCGUGACAAGAGCCAAACAGCUGAAAACGACAAGGAUAAUCUGGGCCAGCUAGUGUUUAAACUGCGGUAUCGAAGCGAGCAGAAUGCGCUCGCGGUCACCGUGGUGAAAUGCAAAGGGCUGCCAGCCAGAGGUCAGCAGAACGCCACUAGUGAUCCUUAUGUGAAGCUGCAGUUGUUACCUGACAAACAGCAUCAUGUGAAAACCAGAGUCCUCAGAAAUACCAGGGACCCAGUGUACGAUGAAGAUUUCACGUUCUUUGGCAUAUCGCAGAGCCAGCUUCAGAAAAUCAGCUUACACUUCAUCGUGCUGAGUUUUGACAGAUACUCGCGUGACGAUAUCAUUGGAGAAUUGACAUGUGCAUUGUCAUCAGUGCCCGGUUUAGAGGACGCGGAUAAUCAGGAAAUAUCUCUCUGUCGAAAAAUAUACCCCAGGAGCUUAAAGAUACAGUCACAAGGGAGAGGAGAAUUGCUGGUCUCUCUUUGUUGGCAACCUGUUACCAGCCGGCUGACGGUGGUAGUAUUAAAAGCACGAAACCUACCCAAGAUGGAUGUGACUGGGCUCGCUGACCCGUAUGUGAAAAUCUAUCUUCUGUACAACCAACAACGUAUCGCUAAAAAGAAAACGCACGUAAAGAAACGUACGCUCAGUCCGGUAUUUAAUGAGUCCUUCGUCUUCGACAUACCUAACGGUGCAGAUGGACUCAACAAUGUCAGCCUUGAGUUCAUGUUACUGGACUGGGAUAGAGUCACGAAAAACGAGGUAAUCGGCCGGCUAGAGUUUGGUGGACCAAAAUGUCAAGGUUCCGCUGUAAACCAUUGGAAAGAGGUAUGCAGCUCACCGCGACGACAAAUCGCCGAUUGGCAUAAACUGCGGGAGUAACCGGUCUCUGGCCCUACGUAUCAGCCCGAGUUCUCGAUCUCCGCGUUCUCCGGAUUCCCAUAUCCUUCUCCACUGUAAAACCGAUUCGAUCCUUGAAGCCCUACGAGGUAGGGCAUCUCUUUUGUAAACCUAAUAGUCGAUGUGUAUUAGGCUUGAAACGAACGGUUCCACCCGUGAUCGCUGUCAUCAUAAAAGACUUGAAUUUAUAAACAUUCGCAAUGUCCUUAUUUACGAUUCACACAAGCGGUGGGGGAACUCGUGAUAUCUUUUUAAUCUUAAGAUAAGCGCAAUUUUAAUCAUGUUGCUUUGCCCGGGCCUAUCACAUCAAUUUUCUAUAAUUUAUUUAUGUGUAAUGAAAUUUUUGUCCUGGAAAUGGAAAAUUAUUUGUUAAUGGAUGUGAUUAUAUAGAUUGUCGCGGAACAUGGUGACACGCGAUUACGGGACAGCUUACAGGAUGCUUUACGAGAUAUAAACGUAUAUAGACUUUAAGAUUCCCGACCAGUUGAUGACGAAUCAAAGGGGUGUCGGUGUGUGCAAAGCGACCUACCAAUCACUGGAUACUGCAUAUAGAUAAAAAUGAAGCAAAUAUUCUUAUCUCCUAGAGUGAAUUGGACGGAAUGCACUGGUACACUGGUGCGUUGGAAGUAAUCUCACACAAAGUGACAUAAAAGCAUUAUAUACGUGUAAAGUGUUAUUGACUCAUUGUCAAUCAGACUCACUAAACAGUUCAACAAACAAAAAUUCUUUUUUAAGCUAAUUUGUUAUUUCACAUUCGAUUGCUGCUUAGCACGUCCAUGACUGUUAUAUCUGCUGAACGUAGCUUACGCACUUUGAUGAAUUUUACAUACUACUAACCGAAUUCAUUAGUUGGUGCGAAGAGAAAAGGAGGGAGAAGAAUAGAAAGUAAGA